CUCGCACGGUAGCAGUUCCGGAUAACCCUCCAAGGUUUGCGCGCUAAAGCAGCCGCAUCGCCGAAUUUCGUCGUGCCGAGUACACACCCGCGAAGUGUAUUUGUUUUGGUUUUUUGUUUUCGGCGCGCGAUAGUCGGUGAGCAUUUUUGUUUUUCGUUUUUUUUUCAAUUUAAUUUCUUACCCAUAGCAAGUGUCGUAAAAAACGGUUCUUUAAAAAAAAAAUCGGUUUUCGUUUGGAAUAUUAUUUGUUUUUUUUUCAACUCGUCCACUUUCUUAAUUAAUUAAUUUAAUAAUCGACGCCGUAGGUACCGUACGAAUUCGGGGAGAAAAAAAUACUCCACCCCGAUCCGUGUUUAGUCGUUUUGUUGUGGCCGAAACACGCACAAGGACUAAAAAAACUAAACCGUCCUAGUUUCCCGCAGAUUCGACCAACGGCAAAGAUUGGAAAGUCAUCAUCAAAAGAAAGCACUUAUGUUAUUACAGGUGGUCACGAGGAUUUUUGGUUGCAGAUAAGGAAACGUAACUGCUGACUUUAAACUCCUUUGUUAUGCGAACAACUCAAGAAACGUGUUAAUUCAUUAAUUUACCGAGUUAUCUACGCCUGGAAAGGGGAAAAUUCGAUAACGACGGCCGUACGAGGGAAAUGCAUAGAACUGACAAUCGCCGUGUAGCCAACGCUGUCAACGUUGAUACGUGAUCCAGCUGUUGCGGUCUGGCUGUGCACCUAAACCCUGAUUAUUAGCUUCAACUGUCGAUUGCAAAGGGCCGGUAUGGUGACAACGACGACCACAUGGACAACGGAGAUCACCGCGUGUACAAUCACAGCUCGACGGCUAACGUUUUGCAGGACCACCGGCAAACAUAGUUCCGGCUAAGCGCCAUGGACAACGGUACCGAUCCCACCGUCCAACAGGUGGCCGGUGAUAUGGACUGGUCUGACUACGUGACGGUGGCGUUAAAAACGUCAAUAAUGGCCAUCAUCAUACUGACCUCGAUUGGAGGAAACCUAUUGGUAAUUGUGUCUGUGGCCAGGCACCCUCGUCUCAGGGUAAUCACCAACUAUUUUGUCGUUUCUCUGGCUUUUGCUGACAUGCUCGUUGCAAUUGUGGCCAUGACGUUCAACGCCAGCAAGCAGAUAAGUGGCAAAUGGAUGUUCGGCUACUUCAUGUGUGACGUAUGGAACUCCAGUGACGUCUACUUCUCGACCGCGUCCAUAUUGCACCUGUGUUGCAUCAGCGUGGACCGGUACUAUGCCAUCGUCAAGCCACUCAAGUACCCUGUGUUGGUAACUAAGCAGCUAGUUGCAUUUCUAUUGCUCAUCACGUGGCUGGCCCCCGGCGUCAUAGCGUUCGUGCCGAUUUUCUUCGGAUGGUAUACCACGGACGAGUAUCUAGCCUUCCGCAGAGCGCAUCCGGACGACUGUGACUGGGUGGUGAACAAGAUGUAUGCUAUCGUGUCGUCGUCGAUAUCGUUUUGGAUACCGUGCACGAUAAUGCUGUUUACGUACCACGCGAUAUUCAAGGAGGCCAACAGGCAGGAGAAGCAGAUCCAUGCUAGAAUCAGCUGUGGCCACCAGAUGAACUAUAACCGGGAGAUGGCAGACCGGGAGAACGAGUUGCGGCCAAACGGAGCCGUAAACGGAUCAUCGUCCAGAACCACUUUGGCGGCCCCAACCGAACCCCAUUCCACCCCGUCCAGGGACAACAGGAACAUCAUAAAGAUGAAGCGGGAACACAAAGCGGCCAGAACGCUGGGCAUUAUCAUGGGCACGUUCAUCGUUUGCUGGCUGCCCUUUUUCCUAUGGUAUGUGAUAACAACGUUGUGCGGCGAAAGGUGCAACAUAUCGUCGUCGGUGGUGGCCGUGCUCUUCUGGAUCGGCUACUUCAACUCGACGCUGAACCCUCUGAUCUACGCGUACUUCAACCGGGACUUCAGGGAAGCGUUCAAGAACACGUUGCAGUGCGCGUUUUGCAACCUAUGCCGGAGCCCGCCGUCCGACCUGGAGGCGCUGGAUGCUCGCCGGCCGUCCCUCCGGUACGACGACCGCACGCGCAGUGUGUACUCUGAGACUUACUUGAACCACUGCGAUAGGCGCCGAUCAAGUCAGUUUGGCAGCAGCUUAUGAUCUGCGGUCGCCCGGCCUCGGCCUCCAGUCUAGUCCAAACCGUUUGUGUAUGUCCUGUCCCGUUCCCAGAUUACCUCAGAGUCUGGUUGGUUUUUUUGUGUUCUAAAAAAAAUGUGUGUAAAAAAACAACAGCUUAAACAUGAAGAAUAACAACAAUAAUAUCCCCCACCCUCAUUUGUAUAUAUAUAUUUAUAUAUAUAUAAUUAUUGUUUUGAUAUUAUUACCUACCACCGUCUAAGUCCUCCAAAUGAAAAUUGUGUAAUUAUUAACUAUUAUCGUUUAGGAUUUUUUAACUUUUUUUUUUUUAAUUUUUAACGUUAAUAACCGCUUUUCUAACGACUAGACGCGUUGCACGCGUAGAUUUAGUCGGGGUUACGGUACGUUGUGCGUAAUCCUAUUUUUGUAAUAAAUCAACAAACUUAAGCCAUGUACAGUCACAAUGUGUAUUCAAGUAUUUCCACUCGAUCGACAUGCUGGUAACGGUGACCGCCGAUCGAUAUUGGGCCGCGGGUUAACCCUAGAGAUUCACAGCAAAUGUUGUCCGGGCGAGGUCUAUAGUCGCAAUAUUAGUGGAUACGUUUGUACAUUUUGCAACACAUUAACAAUAUUAUAUUUGUCUAUGUCUAUGUAUACGUUUUCUUUUGAUGAACCACACGAGCGUGACAUGUAUAAUAUUUUCAAAGAAAAACUGCGAGAAACGCUUCAAAACCAUUGCAACUUAGUUACGAGUAUGUGUAUUCCGUCCUGGCAUUAUACAUACACGAUUAUCGUUUUGUAACUUUUUUCAGAGAUAUCUGAAUCUAGUAACGGCGUGUCACUACUAAUAAUAAUAUCUACAUUUUAAUCUAGGCAAAGUUAUAAAAAUAAUUAUCAUCUUAACACAUUAAAGAACUAUUUAUGUAAAACGCAAUAUUCAAUAAUCAUAAUAUUCAUAUGUAUAAAUUAUUGGCGGUCAUCGAAGUGACGUCUGUUGCAAACUAUAUGGCUUAGUUUUGGGUGUUUGGCUAGACGAUAAUAGUCGAGUGUUGACUAAAUCUAAACCAGCCAUGAUGUCAAACUUGUAUGUGUAUGCUUUGUGCUUACUACGAAUUGUAAAUGGUAUACAAGCAGUGCAAUAAACAAGCAAUAAUAUGUAUAGUUAAAUUUAUAGUUUAUGUGUGUUUUAAUUGAUAUAGACAUAACUGUUAAGUAAUAACUCAUAAAUUUUCUUUAAAUAUAUCUAUUUGUAUAAUAAACAAAUAAGUUUCCCUCGUUAUAUUGGACAUAGAAUAUUUAUUUACACUAUAGUGUAUAACUAAAAUGUAUACAGUAUAUAUAUAUAUGUAUUGGUUGAAUAGUUGUGUACUUAAUCACCGAUGUUAUUUGUGUUACUUCAAUAAAAAUAAUUUUCUGAACAAUAGUGUGGGUAGGUACUUUAUUAAAUUGAAGAGUAAGGACAUUUGUCUGUUGAACAACGCUUCCGUUUGCAAUCAAUCUGUUCUACGUAUGUAAUUUAAAAAGUCCGUACUUAUUAAGUUUAAAGAAAAACAGCUCAAACCAUGGUUUGAGACCAUCAAGUUUUCGGACGCCGAAAGAGCAUUUUUCGGUACAGGUAAAGUUUUUUUUCUAUCUAUUAGUAGAGUUCUUUUGAAGUUUUACCGAUAGCCAUUUCGUUUUUUUUUCAAUAACGUAGUUGCAUUUCAUUUUCAUUACUCUUUCCAAUACAUACAAGCGACAAGUUAAUUUUUUUUUUAUAUAUUAAUUAUUAGCGUUGACGUUCUGCCUAUCAAAAGUUCAUUGUCGUUGUCAUAAUGUCUCAUUAACUUUUCUUUUCAGUAACAGAAAUCCCAACUUGGAAUUAAUCCGUACAAAGCCGGAGAGUUUAUUUAUAUUAUUCCUAAGGAGUUUUCUUCUUUAAAGUUUAAAAUUGAAAAACACUCACAGCGGAGAAACGAAUAAAUUGUAUUUUUUAAUUUUCAAAACAAACAGUAAACGUACUUUAUCUCUCAAAUGACUUUGCGCUGUCCAAAUAAUGUUCGUUUAUUUUUGUCCACGUCAUGUUAUACAUAAUUAAUAGCCAAAAUGGUAACAAAUGUUAACUAUAAAAUGAAAAUAUUUGUUUUAUGAACGACAAGUGAGUGCAUUUAGAGUACAUAACGGAAUUAAGGUAAUGUGUUGUAAAAAGCCGAUUGGCGUUAAUUUAAAUAAAAUAAAUAAAUAAAAGUAAUUGAUCUUAAUUACUAUCGUUUUUAGUUCAUUGCACGAGUAGCCAAUUUAAAGCUGUACUUAUUCCCAGUAUGAAUGUCAGAAGUCAGAGGUAAGCAGAGGAUGGAUUAGAAAUUAUAGUGGUUGGUUGAUAGAUUGCUGAUAAAUAAUUAUGAUUAGGUCAUAAUAUAAUAUUGAUGCGUACAUCAAAAUAUUAUACACAAAAAAAACAUUGACAAGUGUAUGGAGAACUAAAGAAGGUGCUAUUUUAGAUUAUGACCCGUCUACACUAAAAUUUUCACCUGACCGUAACCGUGUUCUUAUAAUAAUAAAAUAUUCAAUUUAUAUUUACAAUAUUGAUAAUUAUGUAAAUACUUUGUUCUUUAUAUUCGUAAUAAUAUAAAAACUCAAAAGCAGCUAUCACAUUAAUUUGCUUAUAAAAAUUGUUUAAAACAUUUGUUUGAUGUAUAAAACUAUUGCUAUUACUAUUUAUAUAGAUAUAAACUAAUAAAUAAUGUAUCCUAAUAAGGCUAUUGUUCCAAAGGUAAUUAUUUUAUACUACUAUUAACAUGCAUCGAUUAAAUGUUAUACCGUCAUAUCGGUAUGUUGUAAUGAUUUAUGAAGUCGUUGAAGACGUACAUAAAAAGUACAAGCGUGAAGCGCUAAUGUUUAGAUAUUAUUGUGUCCAAAAAAAUAAAAAAUAAAUUACGUUAUAGCAAAACCAUAAACGUAGUAUGUAGUACAAUUAUUUUUAGAAAACUACAUUUAAAUACAUGUGUCCAAAAAAUUAAAUUAUUGUAUAGUUUUUUUUUCAAUAGCCCUUUAUAGUAUUUUAUUAUACAAUAUACCGUAAACUUUAAAGCGCCAAAUACAUUAAUUUAAUAUAAUUUGUUGUAAAUUAAUGCAUUUUGAAUAUUUUGGACCAAACACAAGUGUAUGAGAGAAUGCCUACUAGGUGAUCGUCCGGUUCUCUUGUCUCUACAUUUUGACCCAUUCGGACUGAAUUUUUCAUAAAUAUAUGUAUAAAUAAAUAAAAUAAAUAACUAUGUAAAUUAUGCAGACUAGCCGUUUUAUAAUAUAGUGAAAUAGUGUAUAUGUAUAUUAUGAUGAAUUGGCUUAGUGUGUAAAAGGGCAAAUCGUACUAUAAAACAUAUUAAUGUUUUAUGAUUUUGUUGUACGGCAAUUACUGUUCCUCCAGAGUUGUUUAUAUCAAUUUUAUUAAACCAAGAUCCACGUUUUGUUUUGUUAACUCUUUGUAUCAACGAUAUUAUUAGCUAAAAAAUGUAUGUAUAUUAUUGUAUAAAAAUAUCAUCAAAUAGAUUACUAUUAUACAUAAUGUUAUAAUAUUGAUUUAUAAGCUUUUUAGAACAGACACAUUUUUGUACCUGAAAAUCCUAA